AUGACCAGGGACUUCUACAUUGAGCCUGUUCACCACAAGAUAAUCCUAGGCAUGCCGUGGGCGACUCAGGGGAAGGCGCAAAUGCAUUCCCCUGAUGACGCCAUAGAGCUCUUUCGGCCAGGAAGUUAUGAGAGUGUGCACCUCUCAGCGCUCUCAACGACAUUUGCAUCUUUUACGGUCGGAGGAAUGGAAAGUAUGUCCCACGGGAAGCGGUGUGAUGAAUCUCCCAUGCAGUGCAGAGGCACUGAAGGAAACGAAGGAGACAUGCGUGCACCCCGUCGUGACGGUCUGGUAAAGGCAGCAGUCUUGGGGGUUUUGAUCCAGUCAACACCCGAGGAAAGGCAGAAGUGGGCAAUGCUGAAGGAAAAGUUCUCAGUCGUCCUCAAUAACAAAGAGGCCGCGGCUGGCAGGCCAUCCGCUAGACGCGCAAUGCACCGCAUCGAGCUCGUUCCCAGGGUGUUGAACCAGAUCAAGCUCAGAUCGAGGUGA